AUGCCUAAACCGGCGGUGGUGCUCAUCCUCGUCAUCACUAUGAUCCCCUUCAUCACCCUCCUCUCCUCGGCCCCACCUUCGGGUCCGCGGAAGAUGAGGGCCCGCAGGCUCCACCGCCACCUAACAUUCGACCCCUUGGUCGACAAAUUGGAGCCACAGAUAAAUGACGAUGUGCAUAUAAACGUGCACGCGUUUUGGAAAAAGAUGAGGGAAGAUGAUGGCAUGUUGAAGGACUAUUUCACGGAGGAGGGGAGUCUGAACACCGAGCAGAGGCUGAGACAUCUGUUUGCUAUUUUGGAUCAAUCUCCCAAGGACGGGUUUCUUAGUUUCGGGGAGUUGGAUGUUUGGAACAAGCGACAGGCAUUGGAUCGGUUGAUGUACAUCACGGAGAGGAGGAUGUCGGUCCAUGAUAAGGAUGAGAAUGGCGAGGUUACUUUGUCGGAGCUCUUGUGGAAUAUACCCGAGGCAAAGAGAGAUUGGAAUGACAAGGAAUUUGGUGAGCCUGGAUGGUGGAAGGAUUUAUUUGAGUGCGCAGACGAGGAUGGUAAUGGUUCAUUGAGCGAGUUAGAAUUAAACGACUUAGUUCACCCUGAAGAUAGUAAGAACCCAAAAGUUCAAGCAUGGUUCCUGAGAGAAAAGCUAAGUGAAAUGGAUGUAAAUGAAGAUGGGAAGCUAAGUUUUGAGGAGUUUCGCGAUAGAACUCAUAGCAUAUUUACUUAUGCUCAUGAUUUCGAAACUAAGGAUGUUAGCCCCAUGGACAUAAGUGCUAUAAAAAAAUUUCAAGAGCUCGACGUGAACAAAGACAAAUUUAUAACACCAGAAGAACUAAAGCCUGUCAUCCAUCAACUGCACCCGGGUGAAUUUUCAUAUGCGACGUAUUACACCAAGUACCUGAUGCAUAAGGCCGACGAUGAUAAAGAUGGGAAGCUUACAUUGGAGGAGAUGUUAGAUCAUCCUCAGGAAUUCUACGAUGCAGUAUUUGAGGAGGGGCAACACAAUUAUCAUUAUGGUGAAGAGAACGACUAUGGCAAUCAUGAUGAGUUUUGA